AUGGGGCACUCACUUGUACUUACGCAGGCGUUCCUCGCGUUUGCGACCUUGAGCUCGGCAAUCACUGUGACUGUUCCAGGAGCGCCUACGCUAAAACUGACCGGGUCGAAGUCGAUUCCCAAGAGAAGUGUGAAAUCCAAUUCGACGGAUAGCAUCUCGUGGGGACCAUGUCCAGAUUCCUUCCCCCCCAACAUCACAUGUGCGACCUACACCGUACCGUUAGACUGGGAGCAUCCGCAGGGUAACGAGACGAUAGAGCUAGGAAUGGUCCGCAUUGAGGCUCGCGACAAAAGUAACCGGAUCGGAAACCUUUUCAUUAACCCGGGCGGUCCAGGAGGACAGGCCACCAGUCUUGUCGCGGCAUUGUCCACGGUGUCAGGCGUUGUAGACCCGCAGAUUCUCGACCGUUUCGACGUGAUCGGUCUAGACCCUCGAGGAGUCGGCCUCAGUACUCCAGUGCAGUGUGACGCAGCUGCGUACAAUAAACGCAUUACUUGGCUCCCUAAGACGCAGGACGAGUACGACGCGCUCGUCGCGUAUAACAAGAACCUAGGCGAGAGCUGUCGUGCCAAGACGGGCCGCUUGAUCGAUUUUGUCGACACUAUUAGCGCUGUCCGGGACCACGAGGCCGUGCGCAAGGCCCUAGGCGGCGAGAAGGCUAAUUUCCUAGGCCUAUCGUACGGCACGCAGUUGUUCAGUCAGUAUGCAGAACUAUUCCCGGACGGUAUCCGCGCCUUAGUACUGGACGGCAAUCUUCAGCACUCUCAAUCAGAGUCUAGCAACCUUAUCAUCGAAGGCUCCACGUACGAGGACACACUCAAGAAUUUCUUCACUUGGUGCGCUAAUGCGUCUGAGGACGUGUGCCCGCUAAGCGGACAAGAUGUCCAGGCCAAGUUCGAAAGCAUAAUAGCCAAGGCUACCAAAUCUCCCAUCCCGGCUCCUGGCUGUGACGACAAGGUCUGCCGCUCCAACGUGACUGUCGAAGAUAUACGGUUCAAUAUCCAGCCAUACCUGAUCUCCCCGUCAUCAUGGCCUUCCCUAGGCCAAGCCAUCGCCGAUGCCGACGCCGGCAACGCAACGCUGAUCUCGCAGCAGCAACCCCUCGUAACAGGCGACACAUACGAAGACUCUUCAUUACUCGCCGGCACAGCAAUCGCCUGCCAAGACUGGGCACACGCCUCGACCUCUCUCAGCGACGUGCAGGCUAAAGUAACCCUUGGCGCGAUCUUCAAUCCCUUAACCGGGGGCGUAUGCCAGAGCUACAAGAUCCAGACCUCAUGCAUCGGAUGGCCGGCUGCCUUGACGAACCCGCCGAAGCCCGUAUCAUACAAAGGCGACGUAAAAGUCCUGACGCUGCAGUCCACAUUCGAUCCCUCGACAAGCUAUGUUUGGGGACUAGGUCUGCACGCGGAGAUCGGGAGCGACCGCUCUGUGCUGCUUACGCGCAACGGCACUGGCCACACGAGUUACCUGUUAGGUGGCACGACAGCAGCCGCGGCUAACGCGUACCUUUUGAACUUGACGCUACCAGAGCCAGGCACGGUUUUGCAGUCGUGA